AUGUCCGGUCAAGAAAUCUCUCAUCCUCUCGUCAAGGACGGCUGGUUCCGCGAAAUUAACCACAUGUGGCCAGGCCAAGCUAUGACCUUGCAGGUUAAGAAUAUUCUUUAUGCUGGUAAAUCCAAAUUCCAAGAUGUCUUGGUUUUUGAGAGUGAAACUUAUGGUCGCGUGUUGGUUUUGGACGGUGCUAUUCAAUGCACAGAGCGUGACGAGUUUUCUUACCAAGAGAUGAUUGCUCAUAUAGCUCUCAAUUCCCAUCCCAAUCCUAAAAAGGUUCUUGUCAUUGGCGGCGGUGACGGCGGUGUACUUCGUGAAGUCGUCAAGCACGAUUGCGUGGAAGAGGCCGUCUUGUGUGACAUUGAUGAGGAUGUCCUUAAGGUUUCAAGAGAGCAUCUCCCUGAGAUGGCUGAAGGUCUUAAUGAUCCCAAGGUCAAGAUUCACAUUGGUGAUGGCUUCCAAUUUCUGAAAGACUAUAAAGAUACCUUUGAUGCUAUCAUUACCGAUUCUUCCGAUCCUGAUGGUCCUGCAGAAGCUCUCUUCCAAAAGCCCUACUUUGAACUCCUUUCUGAUGCCCUCCGUGACGGCGGUGUUAUCACUACUCAAGCUGAGUGCAUCUGGCUUCACCUAGGCGUUAUUGGCGAUGUCUUAAAGGCAGUCAAGGCUUCUUUCGCUAAUGUCCGUUAUGCCUACACAACCAUCCCUACUUACCCCUCUGGUCAAAUCGGCUUCGUUGUUGCUUCCAAGAAUCCCGUUAUUGACUUGAGCAAACCUGUUCGCAACUGGACUCCAGAGCAAGAAAGGAAGCUUUGCAAGUACUACAACAGCAAUAUCCAUUCCGCUGCUUUCGUUCUUCCCAACUUUGCUCGUGAGGUUGUUGAAAAGUCUCUCUCCGCUUAA